GUUGCAAUUAACCCUAAAAUUGUAUAUCUGAAAGGUUUUCUAGGAUUUUCACCUUUAAAAUUUCCCCAACUCUCUUUCGCACAUCCCGCCGCCAAACAAGCCUUCUCUCGUCUUCAAGUUUUUUCGACAGACCAGGCGAUUAAAUAAGAUGGUGAAGAAAAAGGAAAGAACUUUAAAUGAGACCGAAUCAUCAAUUGAUUUGAAGUCAUUGAUUCAUGAAAGUGCUUUGUUCUUUGACAAAUUGGUUGAGUUAAUCCCUGCUAGGUUUUAUUUACCUGAUGAAAAGGAUAAACCUUGGUUUCAGGGUCUUAGCAAGGCCGAAAAGGCUUCUGCUAAGAAACAAGCUAGAGAAAACAUUAAGAAAGCUAGGAGAGAUAGGUUAGAUCCUGAGAAAUCAUCAAAAACGACUCUCGAUUUGUUGAAAGAGAAUAUAGAGAAGGAGAAAUCGGGUAAGGAUAGUGAUGCUGAAGAGGAAGAAGUCGAGGUUAGACCUAUAAUGCCCGAUGUAGAUGAUGAACGGUCGGUGACUUAUGAAGAACUUAGGGAAAGGCUUCGUAGGAAAAUCGAAGAGCUUCGGGGUGGUAGAAAUAGUUCGGGUUCGGAGAAGAAGAAGAAUGAGAGGAAUGAUAAGAAGGGUAAGAAGCGAAAGAGGGAUAACGGAGCUGAAGAAAAGAAAGUUGAUACAACGGCUAAUGACAAGGAUAAUGUAGAGAAGGAUGUUGAAGAGGCUGCAAAGGAACUUACUUUUAGUCGUGUUAAACUUGGGGACGAAGAUAAACAUGGGAAGAAGAAGAGAAAACUUUCAAAGUUAAAGGAGCUUGAAAAUGCAAUGAAAUUAGCAGCAGCUAAGAAAGAUCCCGAGAAGGGUGAGGUUAUCGCGAAGAAGCAUUCAUGGAAGGCAGCAAUGGAUAGAGCUGCAGGGAUUAAGGUUCACGAUGAUCCAAAAUUGUUGAAACAAAGUAUACAGAAGGAGAAAAAGAGGCAUAAGAAGAAUGCUGAGAAGUGGAACGAGAGAGUUGAAACAACCCAGAAGUUGAAAGUGGAGAAACAACAGAAGAGAUCGGAGAAUAUAGCGGACAAGAUUCACCAGAAGAAGAUGCGACGCAUUGCAAAGAGGGAGAAGAAGCUGUUGCGACCUGGGUUUGAAGGUCGCAAAGAGGGUUUUAUUAAUGAAGGGUCAAGUUAAGGUUCCUUUUUUUCUUUCAAUUUUCUGCAUAGCCUGUGGCUUUAACUGAUCUGUUCCUUUUCUGAUGGUAAGAUUACAUGCUAGGAAUGCCGUUCUUACAACUGGUUUCCCUUCUGUUUUCUUUUUCCACCUAGAGAAAAUGGUUGAAUGUUGUUCACAAACUGAAUUUGAGUUAAUAUACUGGAAAAAUGUUUGAUUC